ACAAUCGAAACCCACACAGCCAUUUUCACUACCCUCCCUCCCUCUCUGUCUCUGUCUCUCCCCCUCUUUCUCUCUCUCUAAAAUUGGAACUUAGACAGUGGAAGACGAAAACAAACUUACGAAGCUUCAAUCGAAUCGCUGAUUCAAGGUGACGGUUUCUGUGUGUGUUUUAAUAGAAUUCAAAUUUUAUAAUUUUAGUUACUUUUUUUUUUUGUUUUCUAGAUUAUUUAUUUUUCUUCUUCAGUUUUGUAUAUACGUGUGCCUAUUAUUUUGAUUUUAGAAUCAGUUGAGUAGUUCGCUAUUCGUUGAAGCCCUAAAUUAGACGAUCUGAUUGCGUAUUUGGGCGAGGAUCAGUGGGAUUUUUUUGGGGGCUCUUGGGUGGAUGAUAAGUGACUGGCGUAUUAAAUUCUUACACUGGGUUUAGUUUCUUUUUUUUUUUUUUUUGUUUUCCGAGGGAGAUUAUGUGAUUUUUGGGGAAUUGAGAGUUUUAGGUUGAAAUGAUUUGAUGGGAACAUGAGAUAAUUUGAUAUAAGCAGCUUUGGCUUUGUGGUAGCUGAGAGAAAAUGUGUGGAGGAUGGGAUUGGAAUUUGUGUUUGUAAUCUCCUGCUUUUUUCUGGCCGUAGGAAAUGCAGGGAAUGGAGUAAGUUGAGAUAGGCAAGGUAGAAGAUAUAAUUUCAGCCGAAAUUAGCCUAAUACGGUUCAUGUAUAACAAAUUAUUGGUGUUAUGGAAACUGUGGAGCAUUUGUUUUACUUUGGGCUGUUAAUAUUAUAUGCACAUAAUAAUUAUUAAACUUCUUUCACUUAAAAUUAUCACCUGCGUGACUCAUGCUUGGUUAUGCAUCUAUGGAGCUGGAGUUGGGAAAAUAGGUGCUAUUGUAAUAUUGGAGCUUUUUGCUUUAUAAGGUCUAUUUUUUCCGGUAUAUCCAUAUAUAAAUUAUCAUGAUUAAGUCUGUUUCCCUGGCUCUGUUUCCCUGGCAAGUCUUAUCAGCAUCAAACUCGUGAUGACUUCUCUUGGUUGUGUGUGUAUUCUUAUUAUUGGAUUAAGUUGGAUGGUUGAUGCUGCUGUAGGACCAUUUUAUUUGGUUUUAUGAAUUGGUACUUGAAUUCAAAGUUGCUUUUUUUUUGGGGGGAGGAGGGUGAUUGGUUGAUGAGUUAAGAGGUAAAUUAGACCAAGGAGUUGCCAGGAGGAAGUUCUAAGAUUGGUGAGGCUGUCAAAUCUAUCGCAUGCAGUAGAUAGAACCUUCUCAUAUGGUUAUUUUUUACCACAUACUGCAAUCAACCUGAUAAAUGUCACCGCACAAUAAUUAAGUCAGGUUUCAGCGCUUGAGUAGUUUAUAGGAUUUUGUCAAAAAUAUUGCAUGUUUGCAAAAAUACAUAUAUUAUAUUAUACAUGCUGUUAACUCUUCCUGCUCGUCUUUUUUCUUUCUCAUUCUCAUAAGAUUGCACUUUUAUUAGACUGUUUGUAGCGAGUUCUAUUCGUUUUUUUUUAAGAUUAUUUUUUUCUUUUUGAAGAAUGAUCUUUAAGCAGAAAGAGAUUGUUCCUUAGUUUCAUUUUUAGGUAAAACGUAAAUUAUAUUUAGGAUAUAAAUGAAGAAAAUUAUUGUGCAAAUCUUUGUUAAUGUGUGACAAGUGACGCUUCAACUGGGGACUAUUUCAUACAUGCAUUUGUUGCAAAUAUUUGGAAAACUGGUCCCUAGGCAUGCAUCCUAGCGAUUAAAUGGUAGACUUGGGAUGAGCUAUAGAUUGAGACAUCCUGAAUUUGAUUGUACACUAAGAGUACACUAAGAGUUCCCUUGGAUUGCCUAAUACGUAUUUCUGGCUGGUGAGAUUGUAAUGGCCCAGGGAGUGAAGGAUCCCCUUGGAGUCAUUGUAAAGAGUAACUAAUUCUCCCAUUCGGGCAAUGAGGGAUCCUAUUCAACACCUUGUAUACAUAAUCUGGAAAAUUACAAUCUCCACCAUUAAAAUCCCUGGCAUUCUCUAUAGGCCAUUCUGUUAUGGGUGAUAUGGCUGAAUGCGCACACUUUUGGUUGGGAUUAGCUUUGAUACCAUUUCUACCGACCCAGGGAAAGCACUAAGCACAUAUGUGCUACAAUCCUAAAAAGAAAAGUCAAGGCUGCAAUUGAUGCCCUUUAGAAGCAUUAUAAAGAACGGGAACUUUUUUCCUCGCAAGCAAUGUGGUAUCCCAUUCAUCUAUACUUCGUUUGGGUAUUACAAGGAUCAUGAUCCAUAGUUUAUUCUUUAGGGUUGGCCUGAAGGACCUUGCCUUGGUGAAGUUUCUUGUCAUCAGAAAAAGAUUUAAAAAAUUGUUCACGUGCCCUUAAUUUCUUUACAAUCUUGCAAGGAAUAUAUUUCUGGUGAGAAGCAAUAAAAAAAAUUCCAGGUCUGUGUGCUUCUCAAAUGCCUGGAUUGUAUCGAGGGUUUUGUUCCUAGACAUGCAACCUAGGUGAGCUUUCUUGCUUGGAUUUUUAACUCCAUUAGGAGUCCCAAAAGGGAAAAAAAAAAAAAAUUUUCAUUCGAGGUUGGGUUUAGAAGAAAGGACAUGACGAUCCUUCUGCUGCCUUUGUAGGUAUUGUAUUCUCAUGAUCAGUAAAAUUCUGGUUUUAGAUGUUUGAAUGGGAAAUUGGGACACUGUUGAAUUUUGGAUUAUUGGUUGUAUUCUUCUCACAAAUCUUGAAAAGCUAUUAGCUGUUUUGCACAGUUCAUCAGCAUAAUUAUUAAACCAUCGAGUCUUAGAUGAAAAGCUGAAAAACUUUAGGAGCUUAUGGUAUUGUUCUAAGUACCAGAAUGCCAAUUGUGGUAUUAUUUGUAUGUUUUACUAUCUCUGACUAAUUUGUUUAUAUAUGUUCCAGUUGUUUUUGAAAUGCACCGUGUGGGUAGUGCGGGGAACACAAGCAAUUCUAGUCGCCCUCGCAAAGAGAAGAGGCUAACAUAUGUGUUAAAUGACGCAGAUGACACAAAGCAUUCUGCAGGUGUGAAUUGUCUGGCUGUACUCAAGUCAUUGGGAGCUGAUGGGUGUGAUUACCUCUUCACUGGGAGUCGUGAUGGCACACUUAAAAGAUGGGCUUUGAUGGAAGACGCAGCUACCUGCUCUACUACUUUUGAGUCUCAUGUGGACUGGGUUAAUGAUGCUGUUCUUGCAGGUGAUAAUACGCUUGUUUCCUGCUCCUCAGACACCACCCUUAAGACAUGGAACUGUUUGACUGAUGGAACAUGCACAAGGACUCUCCGUCAACAUUCUGACUAUGUCACUUGUCUUGCUGCUGCUGAAAAAAAUAGCAAUAUUGUUGCCUCUGGUGGACUUGGAGGGGAGGUUUUUGUAUGGGAUCUUGAGUCUGCACUUGUUCCACUCUCAAAGUCUGGUGAUGCAAUGGAAGAGGAUUCUCCAAAUGGCAUCAGUGGUUCAGGGAAUUCACUACCGAUUACUAGUUUACACACUAUAAGUUCGAGCAACAGCAUUUCUACACAUACAAAUCAGUCCAAUGGAUAUGUUCCAAUUGCUGCCAAAGGCCAUAAGGAGUCAGUUUAUGCAUUGGCGAUGAGUGAUAGUGGAACACUUCUUGUCUCUGGUGGAACAGAGAAGGUUGUUCGUGUUUGGGAUCCAAGAACUGGUUCAAAGACUAUGAAGCUACGAGGUCAUACUGAUAAUAUUAGGACUUUGCUUCUGGAUUCCACUGGCAGACUUUGCUUAUCAGGAUCUUCUGAUUCUAUGAUCAGACUCUGGGAUCUUGGUCAGCAGCGCUGCGUGCACUCCUAUGCUGUACAUACAGAUUCUGUUUGGGCACUUGCCAGCACUCCAACAUUUAGUCAUGUUUAUAGUGGUGGGAGAGACCUUUCUUUAUAUUUGACAGACUUGGCAACAAGAGAGAGUCUUUUGCUCUGCACAGGGGAACACCCCAUUCUGCAAUUGGCUUUACAAGAUGAUAAUAUAUGGGUUGCAACAUCAGAUUCUUCCAUCAAUAGAUGGCCUGCUGAAGGACGUAACCCUCAGAAGGUCUUUCAAAGAGGUGGUUCUUUCUUGGCUGGAAACUUAUCCUUUUCUCGGGCAAGGGUUUCCUUAGAAGGAUCUACUCCUGUUCCUGUUUACAAAGAACCAACACUUAUCAUUCCCGGAACUCCUGGAAUAGUGCAGCAUGAAAUUUUGAAUAAUAGGAGGAAUGUGUUGACUAAGGAUACCUUUGGUUCAGUGAAGCUGUGGGAGAUCAGCAGGGGCAUUGUCAUUGAGAAUUAUGGAAAGGUGUCAUUUGAGGAGAAAAAGGAAGAGCUAUUUGAGAUGGUAAGCAUUCCCGCUUGGUUCACUGUGGAUACCAGGCUUGGAAGUUUAUCUAUCCAUUUGGACACCCCACAAUGCUUUUCAGCCGAGAUGUACUCAACUGACCUUAACAUUAUUGGGAAACCUGAGGAUGAUAAGGUUAAUCUAGCCCGGGAAACCCUUAAAGGACUUUUGGCUCAUUGGUUGGCUAAACAAAAGCAAAGAUUUGGAUCCCAGCCUUCAGCCAAUGGGGAUGUGUCAUCUGGAAAGGAUAUUAGCCAUAGAAGUCUUACCCAUUCAAGAAUCGAAGUUGAUUUUAAUGCCGAGAAUGAUGCAAUGGUAUAUCCUCCAUUUGAAUUUUCAACUGUUUUCCCUCCUUCCAUCAUUACUCAGGGCUCUCAUGGAGGUCCAUGGAGAAAGAAGAUUACUGAUUUAGAUGGAACUGAAGAUGAGAAAGACUUUCCUUUCUGGUGUCUGGACUGUGUGCUAAAUAAUCGCCUACCUCCAAGAGAAAAUACCAAGUGCAGCUUUUAUUUGCAUCCAUGUGAAGGUUCAGCUGUCCAGAUCCUGACACAAGGGAAACUAAGCGCUCCUCGUAUAUUGAGGAUUCAAAAAGUAGUUAAUUAUGUUAUAGAAAAGAUGGUUCUUGACAAGCCCGUGGAUGGUAUAAAUACCGAUGGAACAUUUGCUUCCGGACUUGUUGGAGGGCAGUUAACACAUACAGUGGUUGGAGAUGGAUCCUUUCGGUCAGGAUUGAAGCCUUGGCAAAAGCUUAAACCUGCUAUAGAGAUAUUGUGCAACAAUCAGGUCUUGUCCCCAGACAUGAGCUUAGCCACAGUUCGGGGUUAUAUAUGGAAGAAAUCUGAGGACCUUAUUCUUAAUUAUAGAGUGGUGCAGGGCAGGUGACUCAUAUAUCAUUCAGGAGGAAGACAAAGGUUGUGGAGAAGGUUUUUUUCAUAUUGAUAUAUAUGACCUUUUGGUGGCCCGAGAAUGCUUGCCACUUGAUUUGGUGCUGA